AUGUCUGUAGGUGAAGGUGAACUAGGUGAAGGAGCUGUUCACAAAAAAGGUUGUUCGGGUCGACCGAAGAACUCCAAAGCCAAAAGCCAUCUUUGGGCUAAGGAUCGGGUUUUCAGGUAUGCCCACGAAAAUGGAAAACAAGAAGUGCGGUAUCAAUUCCCCAACGUAAAACUUUAUCAUUCACUGAAAACGGCUUGCAAAAGCUUCAUCGACGAUGGAACAAUGGGAAACUUGGAACCCAAGCAACCUCAAAAACGAAAGUGUUUGGGUCCAAAGACUCAACCGCUAUCACCGAAAAGAAGCAAAAAGGUGAAGAAACAAGAAAAUCGAAUUUCUGAUCGUAAGCCUCGAACUGAUCUCUCUUGGCUGAUAGAUAACAAGGCUGUUUCGAUACUGGAAAAGGUGUAUUACCGUAGUAAGACCGGGACUCCAUUGAUAAAAGGUCGGAUAACUCGUGAUGGGAUUCAAUGUCUUUGUUGUUUCAAGGUCUUCGCUCUCACCGCCUUUGAAGUUCAUGCUGGGAGUACCAAUCGGAAGCCAGCCGCUAACAUAAUCUUGGACGACGGUACUGGCAGGUCACUUUCCGAUUGUCAACGACAAGUUCGUCUUUCAACAUGUUCUUCUAUUGUAGACAACCCUAAUUCUAAAACUGCGAAGUUCAAUUCAAUUGAACAUGAGAAUGAUGAAGCGUGCUCCAUUUGUUGCUAUGGGGGAGAGUUAAUUUGCUGUGAGUAUUGCCCUUCAGCUUUCCACAUGAAUUGCCUUGGCUUAAACGAAGUUCCCGAUGGCAACUGGUUUUGCCCAUCCUGCUGCUGUGGAAUCUGUGGCAUUGGGUAUUUAAGGGAGAAAAGUUUUCGUACUUGUCAUCAAUGUGAGCUUAAGUUCCAUAUGGAUUGCUUGAGCUUGAAGAGUUACGAAAACAUGGUAUUAUUAUGUAGCCAGAAGUGUAAAAAGGUCUUUUAUGGUCUGCAAAAACUUACAGGGAAGCCAAUACCAGUGGGAAACAAUGUGACAUGGACAUUAUUGAAAUCUGAUCAUCAUGGUGCAGAAAAUUACAGUAAGUCAAGGGUUGCACUAAAAGUUAUGCAUGAGUGUUUCGAACCAACCAAAAAUGAUGAGACGGGAAGAGAUGUGGUCGAAGAUGUGGUUUUCAGCCGAGUCUCAAAGCUGAAACGAUUGAAUUUCAAAGGAUUCUAUAGAGUGAUUGUGGAGGAAAAGGAGGAUGUGGUUUCAGUGGCCACUCUGAGGGUGUACGGUAACUGGGUGGCUGAAAUGCCCCUUGUCGCCACCAGUUUCAGACACCGCCGCCGCGGAUUGUGUCGACUUUUGGUAGAUUAA